AUGCCGGCUCUGCCAGCACUGCUGCUGUCAAUACACUUCCUCUUCUUCCUGCUAGUCACCAUGCCGCCACACUCCCUCAGUCAGGCCCCUUUGCUCUCCUCCGUCCGCAUGGCGGCGAUCCUGGAUGACCAGUCUGUGUGUGGGCGGGGGGAGCGGCUGGCGCUGUCCCUGGCCAGAGAGAACAUCAACAGCGCCAUGGAGGGUCCGGCCCGAGCCCGGGUGGAGGUGGACAUAUACGAGCUGCAAAAAGACUCCCAGUACGACACUACUGACACCAUGUGUCAGAUUCUACCCAAAGGCGUCGUCUCUGUGAUAGGUCCCGCCUCCAGCCCCGCCUCUGGCUCUACUGUCAGUCACAUAUGUGGAGAGAAGGAGAUCCCUCAUGUAAAGAUCGGUCCAGAGGAAACUCCCCGCUUGCCGUACCUGCGUUUCGCCUCUGUCACUCUGUACCCUAGCAACGAGGACCUGAGUCUGGCCAUAGGCUCCAUCUUACGCUCGUUCAGUUACCCAUCAGCCAGCCUGGUGUGUGCCAAGGCUGAGUGCCUGCUGAGAUUGGAGGAACUGGUCCGCCGCUUCCUCAUCUCCCGGGAGACUCUGUCAAUCAGGAUGCUGGAUGACAACCUGGACCCUACGCCGCUGCUGAAGGAGAUCCGUGACGACAAAGUGGCCACCAUCAUCAUUGACGCAAACGCUUCCGUCUCCUAUCUCAUCCUCAAGAAGGCGUCAGAGCUGGGGAUGACAUCUGCAUUUUACAAGUACAUCCUCACCACAAUGGACUUCCCGCUCCUGAGACUGGAUGAUAUAGUGGAUGAGCAGUCCAACAUCGUGGGUUUCUCCAUGUUUAACACCACCCAUCCCUUCUACUUGGAGUUCAUCCGGAGCCUGAAUCUUUCCUGGAGGGAGGGCUGCGACCUGACGUACCCCGGGCCUGCGCUUUCGUCAGCGCUGAUGUUUGAUGCGGUUCAUGUGGUGGUUGGGGCCGUGAGGGAAUUGAACCGCAGUCAGGAAAUCGGAGUGAAGCCGCUCAGCUGCACCUCGCCUCAGAUCUGGCAACACGGGACCAGUCUUAUGAACUACCUGCGCAUGGUGGAGUACGAUGGUCUGACAGGGCGUGUGGAGUUCAACAGCAAAGGGCAGAGGACCAACUACACCCUGCGGAUCCUGGAGAAGCACAGAGGAGGCCACAAAGAGAUCGGGAUCUGGUACUCCAACAACACACUGGCGAUGAACUCCACCAGUCUGGACAUCAAUGUUUCGGAGACGCUGGCCAACAAGACACUCAUCGUCACCACCAUACUGGAGAACCCAUAUGUGAUGCGCAGAGAAAACUACCAGGACUUCCAGGGCAACGACCAGUACGAGGGCUUCUGUGUCGACAUGCUGAAGGAACUGGCAGACAUCUUGAAAUUCUCCUUCAGAAUCAAGCUGGUGGAUGAUGGGCUGUACGGGGCUCCAGAGCCCAACGGCUCUUGGACUGGCAUGGUUGGAGAGCUAAUCAACAGGAAAGCAGACCUUGCCGUAGCAGGCUUCACCAUCACAUCAGAAAGAGAGAAAGUUAUCGACUUCUCUAAGCCGUUCAUGACCCUGGGGAUCAGCAUCUUGUACCGAGUUCAACUGGGUCGGAAGCCGGGUUACUUCUCCUUCCUCGACCCCUUCUCUCCGGCCGUCUGGCUCUUCAUGCUGCUCGCCUACCUGGCUGUCAGCUGUGUGCUCUUCCUGGCUGCAAGGCUGAGCCCCUAUGAGUGGUACAACCCUCACCCGUGUCUUCGAGAGCGCAGGGACGUGCUGGAGAACCAGUACACGCUGGGGAACAGCCUGUGGUUCCCCAUCGGAGGCUUCAUGCAGCAGGGAUCAGAGAUAAUGCCCAGAGCCCUGUCCACCAGAUGUGUUAGUGGGGUGUGGUGGGCGUUCACCCUGAUCAUCAUCUCCUCCUACACGGCCAACCUGGCGGCCUUCCUCACCGUCCAGAGGAUGGAGGUCCCCAUCGAGUCUCCGGACGACCUGGCCGACCAGACCAACAUCGAAUACGGCACCAUCCACGGAGGGAGCACCAUGACCUUCUUCAUGAACUCCCGUUACCAGACCUACCAGCGGAUGUGGAACUACAUGAACUCCAAGCAGCCCAGUGUGUUUGUGAAAAGCACAGAGGAGGGCAUCGCCCGCGUGGUCAACUCAAAAUACGCAUUCCUGAUGGAGAGCACCAUGAACGAGUACCACCGCGGACUCAACUGCAACCUCACCAAGAUAGGAGGCCUGCUGGACACCAAGGGCUACGGCAUCGGCAUGCCACUGGGGUCUCCAUUCAGAGAUGAGAUCACGCUGGCCAUCCUCCAGUUGCAGGAGAAUAACCGGCUGGAGAUACUGAAGAGGAGGUGGUGGGAGGGAGGCCAAUGCCCCAAAGAGGAGGACCACCGUGCCAAGGGUCUGGGCAUGGAGAACAUUGGGGGCAUCUUCGUGGUGCUGAUCUGUGGCCUCAUCAUCGCCGUGUUUGUGGCCAUUAUGGAGUUUGUGUGGUCGACACGCCGCUCUGCAGAGACCGAUGAGGUAUGCCCCCAUACCUGCCCUCGCCGACCCCACAGACACACCCCAGUGUCUGUCUGUCAGGAGAUGAUCACCGAGUUCCGAAACGCCGUCUCCUGUAAGAAGAGCUCCCGUAUGCGGCGCCGCCGGCCACUCAGCAGCUCCGCGGCCCUGCGCCACCCUGCCCGCAUCGCUCUGGGCGCCCCCCGCCCGCUGCGCCUGGUGAGGGAGAUGCGCCUCAGCAACGGGAAGCUCUACAGUGGAGCCGGGCCGCUGACGGGCGGAGCUGGAGGAGGUGGAGGUACGGGGCCACCUGAUCUGGGCCCCGGUCCCCAGCGGAUCCUAGAUGAUCCCCUGGGAGUCAACACCACCCCUCCUCCGCCAGCUCCGACCCCAGUGAUGCUGCCCGCCCGCAGCUGCACCCACGUGCGGAUCUGCCAGGAGUGCCGGAGGAUCCAGAGCCUGAGAUCGGGCACCUUAGGAUCGACCUCCACCAGAAUACCCCCGUCGUCAGCUCCCCUGCCCAGGCUACCCCCACCCCCACCUCCAUCGUCAUCCAACACAGACAGUGAGGGCGGAGGGGGGCCCAGCCCACGACGGCUACACCACGGCACCCCGCCUCAUACCUCCAGACCCCUCCCUCCUCCACAGAACAGCAACACCACAGACCUGCUGGGCGCCCAGGACUGAGAACAGUGGAGCGGAGGAGGUGGGGGUGGGGGGGGGUGGAUGACUGAGGAAUAUGUGUGCUGCUGAAAGAAACAAUGCUUGUUUCAACCAGAGAAAUUUAUGGGAGAACAAAGCGAGGGCAGGAUGGAGGGAGGAAAAAGAUGAACUUAGCCAAUAGAAGACGACCUUUAAAAGGAGAGGGAGCAGCGUGACCCCGUGAAGGCCGGCAGAAACAGACAUAAACUCCCAUUAACCGUUCAGUCUGGACAAAUCUGAGCGGAAAUGACCAGGUGGUGGGUUCCAUUGGCUUCCUUUUUUCUCUCCUUCCUCGCCCUGUAACGUCACCUUCAGAUUUGAGGGCGCUGGCUUUCUUCCACAGACUCUAAAUACCCCCCUCGGUUAAAACGAAGCCUGGUUGGAGGACAUACUGUAUCCGUAUGUGAUUUAAAACCGCAACUAAAAGACUUCCAGAGAUUUAUUUCCUGUUGUUUCUUUUCUUUUGUUGUCUCUCUCGUUUUGUUACCAUUGUUCUAGGUGGGAAUUACAGAGUUCAGUACAGACUUCAUGUGACGAUUUGGUGGAUUAAGUAAGAAUUUCGACUGCAGCUUAUUGUGUUCAAGAGUUUUGUGUCCCUCCCUGUGACCCGUAGCUGGAAGCUGGAUGAAAAGACAUCAUUCAAACAGUAGCAGAGGAAGCCUUCCUUUACACUUUGUGUGUGUGUGUAUGUGUGCGUGUGCGUGUUUAAAAAAACGUGCCCUUAAAUGUGUGUUUAAAUACUUUAAAGUGAGGAGAACCAUGGACCCGGCAACAGCGCCCCUCUACAAAUGUUAGAUAAUCAGACAGCCUCAAAACGAAGAGAAAGAGCAAGAGGCUUUGAAAUGUGAAAUUAAUGUCCCUCGUUAUCCCGGGUAACACUUGCCAAGCCUUUACUCCUUUUUCACCUCUGCUCACACAGCGUAAGGAGAGAGAGAGAGAGAGGCAGAGCCAGGGAGGAGAGAUAGAGGGGAACAGGGAGAGAUGAGAGUGAAAAGGACACCGCUGAAUUUGAAUGAGAAAUUCUUAACUGAACUACUUCCAUUAUUAGAUCUGUCCUGAUCUGUUCAUUCUGGGCAUCUUUUAAGGCGCUUGUUAACGCGCCAGCGGGCUCCAGCUCCUUCGCCUCUCACGGUUUAGCAGACAGACUUGGCCGUCCGACGCCGCGGCUCCUGCCAGACUGAUAGACUCAACGUGGCCUCGUCAAUACUGUUUCAAGCUUCUGAUCGCCUAAUUACUCCCCUCUGUGGCUGGGGACUCGUUCUGGAGGGGGCUGAACACAGAGAAACAUGCUGAUAAAUAGAUUUAGAAGAAAUAAAUUAUUUUUUUCACCGCGCCUGGGAAGAGAAGCUAGUCUCUUUUAAUGAUGUUGUUAAUGUUACAGCCCAGCUCCAUCCAAACACUACACUUUAUUAGCCUCAGUGCUUAAAGGGAAUUCACUGGAGGAUUUGCAGAUUUUAGGCUUUUAACUUCAACUUCUGCACACUUUAGAUUACUUGAGAUCAUUAAGAGCAUACUAUGCAUUGUUACCAGAUUUCCAUUCCCUGAAGUUGCCCCUGAUUUCACAGCAUGUGGUAUAAUUACAUAGAGCAUUAAAGAAAAGGGCUGCUUUGAAUCUAUAAUUCUCUUAUUGUCAACAAAACCCUAAAAGACCAAAACCACCAAUGAACUGAUAAAACGAUCAGACUUAUAAUUAUCCACAGCUUUGUGUAGCUUAUUACUCUGCGCAACUGACUCUCAUUGUUUAAAAGCUAUUAAAACACACAUACACGAGUCACACCGUUUCACUGCUUUGAGCAACGUUUUCUCAAGACUAUCUUUCCUCAGGAAACUAUGGAGUAGUUGGAAAGUAAUUAGGAUUUUCUUUUUGUAAAAACAAACACUGAAAGUGAUGAGACCAGCAGGGCCAUCACCCGAUAUGAAUUUGAAUGGAAUAAAAUGAAUGCUUCCAUAAAAGUUUAGUAUCAUAAUAAAGCCAAAUGAUCAGAUUCCGGUCCAAACUGAAAUAAUGAGUCGUGGUUUCUGCAGCAUUAUUUCCCUUUAGUUUUCCAGCAGCUGUUCUCUGUAAUAUGACCCCUCUGUGAAAGUGUCCCUUCAGAAGAAAAUGUCCUGAUUUCUUUUUGCACAACAGCCCAUUAUCCCAUAGUAUAUAUAUAUAUAUAUAUAUAUUUGAUAUGACAUGAUUAUCAAGUGCUGUAUUAGCAUUUUCUGCACCGCAGGUCAUUGACUCAUCAGAGUCUCAGUGUUUAUUGAAUCACUUAUCUAAUCAGCAGCUCCCAAAAUACUCGCUGUAAAGUGAUUCACUAAACUAGGAGGCGUUUUGACACACUCUUUUAGAUAUAGUAAGUAAAUAUGGUUCCAAAAAAAAGGUAUUCUGGGUUCUCCAAUGAAGUCCUGAAGAAAACGUGUGAGGGUAAUCUGUAUUCUUGUCAUCCCGGCUGUGUUUAUAGUGUUUUUCUUUCUGGUUUGAUUUCCUGACAGCAGAUUUUAUGAAUGUACUGCUUUUAUAACAGCUGAUUCUCUAUUGAAGCUCAUUAUUUGUAUUUCUUUAAUAUGUGUCUGGGCCCAGGUUGUCUCGGAAAACCUCUUGACACCCAUGAGUUUCCUCUAAAACACAUGCAUUCACAAGCUGCUUCACAUUUGAGGGGUUACAUGCUUUCAAUUCAGAACCAAAAAGCAGGACAAUGAUCCCACCCAUCCAUAUUCAGCAGUCGCACAAAGUGUGCGAUGCAAAAUAGAAACCCACCAGUUCAGCCCUUCACAAUUCCCCCUGGGUUAAAAAAAAACCACAAAACGUGGCAUUGUUGUCUGGGCAAACGUUGCAUUGCCGUAUGAAAUUAUGCAUUUCGCAGUGAAACAGAUUUGACGACAGAUAAUGAACGAUAACAUUGUUUGCACACAUUAUGCUGUUUCUACGAAUGAUUUCUGUCAGUAGACGCCGGCCUGGAUUCGGUUUCUCUCUGUUUACCUCUCCCUUUGUGUUCUGAAUGCUGACAAGGCAACCGGAGCCAACCCCUUUCCACAAGAUGUCACAGUGUACACACACACACACACACACACACACACACACACACACCUUCAUUUCCAAUUCCCUUGUUGUCCAAAGGUUGUAAACCCACUGUUGUUUUCAAUUUUGUGUCUUUCCUGUGUUCACUUUUGUUUGUUGUGUGUACGAAUUCACAAACUUGAUGUGUGACAGCUGCACAUAGACAACGAAUAAGUGGCCAAUCCAUGGCUACAAAACAUCAGCUGGAAGCUUUUAUUAGAGGCGAAGUGAAGGUUAAAAAGAAUAUUGUUUGUUUGAAUAACGUCUAGUAUGAAGGUAAGGGAGGGUCACAAAACAAAUCAGACGGGGUGUCUGAACAGUCACUCCACAAAACAAAGCUUUUUGUUUACUUUUAUGUUCUUUUCUUUGGUAUUUUUUCAUAUUUCUAUACUAGUGCUAAAUGGAUUAUUAAAACUGAUGAUGAAUAUUAUGAUGAAAUUGUUGUUAUUAUUCCUAUUAAAGAGCAAGAGGUUCUAUAGUGUGA